GAUUUGUAAAAUCACAUUGAGCACAUCAAAGAUAUUAAAUAGAUCUCUAUCUUUGAUAGUUAUUCUACCUUUGAUCUACAUAAAUGUCUUUCAAACACGACUUACUUCCGCGGACUUCGUGACAGCGGCGCACAGCGCCCUCUACUAUGAUCGAAACCAAAUAUGAGAGGGCAGCACCGUCCAGGACGACCUUGUUUGCUUUUUGCACAGUGCCCGUGGAUGCUGAGUUGAGUACAAUUUCGUCCAUUUAGAAGAUGCUAGGCAGACAGUUACCGAAGCAGUUGGGCGCGGUGAUAUGGAGGCAGCUAGUGCAGACCGCACCCAAGGCUACGGCAGCCGCUCCUGUAGUGAAACCAUUUCAUUACCAGGAUAUUCUACAGACAGAGAAAUCGCACGACGUGCCGUGGAAGAAACUCACAGGUGACUAUGUAUCCACGGUCGAAGCUCAUGGCCGGCGCAUCUUGAAGGUGGAGCCUGAAGCUCUUACCAUGAUGUCUGGUCAGGCCAUGGUUGACAUUGCACACCUGCUGCGACCUGCACAUCUGAAGCAACUGAGGAAGAUACUUGAUGAUCCUGAGUCGUCUCCCAAUGACAAGUUUGUUGCACUGGAGCUGUUGAAGAAUGCUUGCGUUGCUGCGGGCAUGGUGUUGCCUGGUUGCCAGGAUACGGGAACAGCAAUUUGCAUGGGUAAAAGGGGGCAGAAUGUGUGGACGGAGGGCAACGAUGAGGAGGCCAUCUCUAAGGGAAUAUACAACACUUACACGCAGAGAAACCUGCGCUACUCACAGGUGGCGCCACUUGACAUGUACAAGGAAACUAACACGGGCACGAACCUGCCGGCACAGAUUGAGCUUUACGCCACGAAGGGCGACGAGUACAGCUUCCUCUUCCUGGCCAAGGGAGGAGGAUCUGCCAACAAGACCUUCCUUUACCAGCAGACGAAGGCCCUCCUGAACAAAGAGAAACUUCUCCAGUUCGUCAAUGAGAAGAUAAAGACGCUCGGCACGGCGGCGUGUCCGCCCUACCAUCUCUCCCUCGUCAUCGGGGGAACGUCGGCCGAAUUCAACCUCAAGUGCGUGAAGCUGGCCUCUACAAAGUACCUCGACAAUCUGUUCACGACAGGUAACGAGCACGGGCGGGCGUUCAGGGACACGCAGCUGGAGGAGCAGGUGCACGAGCUUUGUCGCAGCACCGGCAUCGGAGCUCAGUUCGGCGGAAAGUACUUCUGUCACGAUGUCCGCGUCGUCCGUCUGCCGCGCCACGGUGCGUCCUGUCCCGUCGGCAUGGGUGUGUCCUGCUCAGCCGACCGUCAGAUCAUGGGCAAGAUCAACAGUGAGGGCGUGUUCUUGGAGCAACUCGAGACGAACCCUGCGCAGUUCAUGCCGGAGGUCAAGGACACCGACCUCAGCGGAGAGGUUGUGCAGAUCAACCUCAACAUGCCGAUGAGCGAACAGCUGAAGACGCUCACCAAGUAUCCGAUUCGGACGCGGCUGAGCCUGAGCGGCACCCUGGUGGUCGCACGCGACAUCGCUCACGCUAAGCUGCUGGAGAGACAGCAGUCCGGCGAGGGACUGCCGCAGUACAUCAAGGAUCAUCCCGUCUACUACGCCGGCCCGGCGAAGCGGCCAGAGGGCUACGCGUCGGGGUCAUUCGGCCCCACGACAGCGGGUCGCAUGGAUUCCUACGUCGACUCGUUCCAGGCCGAUGGGGGAAGCAUGGUGAUGCUGGCCAAGGGUAACCGCAGCAAACAGGUAACAAACGCAUGCAAGAAGCACGGAGGUUUCUACCUCGGUUCGAUCGGCGGCCCAGCGGCCAUCUUGGCUCAAAACUGUAUCAAGAAGGUGGAGGUAUUGGAGUAUGAGGAACUAGGCAUGGAGGCUGUGUGGCGCGUCGAGGUCGAGAACUUCCCAGCCUUCGUCGUUGUCGAUGACAAGGGAAACGACUUCUUCGCCGAGUGGUCCGUGUGAAGGGGAGGGCGCGGCGUCCUCCUUCCCCUCCCUCCUUCCUCCCGCGCGUUCGCUUGCGUUCGAGUUGAGAGGAAUCGUUGCCGGGGAUAAUUCGAGGGCCUGUUGGGAUUCAUGCCGGGGACUGCUGGGAGUUUAUUCCGGGCUGGGAUUUAUUCCCGGUUGCAGGGAUUAUGUAUUCCGGGCUGCUGGAAGUUAUACCGAGUUGUUAAUGUGUGGGAUUUAUUCCGGGCUGCCUGAAUUAAUUCCAGGCUGUUUGGAUUCAUCCUGAUCUGCAGGGAUGUAUUCCUGGCUGCUGGAAGUUAUCCUGCGUUGUUAAUCCUGUGUGGUGUGGUGUGUGUGUGUGGUACUAUAGGGGAUAGUGUUGCUUAUGCUGGGCUUGGACGAAUAACUCGCUGCAAUGUCAACCUUGCUUGCGCUUAGUCAUGCACCCGUGAUUAGCUAGUCCCAUUAAAAUUAACAGCCCCAGUCAGCUUGGUUGGUGCUCACCUCGCUCAGAAGCAAGUAAUGGAUAGUUGUCUGUAUGUAGUGAUGUGAUGAUAUCAGGAGCUAAUAAUGACAAAUUUGUCAUUAUUAGCUCCUGAUGAUAUGUAAUAUUAGCCUACACGGCAUUUGGCUGCCGGUGUGUUUUUAAUGUUUGUAGUCGACCAGAUCUUGAAUUAGUGAGCCGCGGAAAUCUUUCGACAGAAGCGAACGAGAUACGAAAUUAUAUGUUUAUGUACAUAAAAUUGUUUGUAAUUUAUUUAUCACAAAACCUCUUCACAUUUUGCAAAUGAUAAUGUAAGCGUAAGUUUGAGGGUGAUCGCUGUGCAUUGGAAUACUAGGAAUUAUCCGUCUAUAUGUGGACAUUUUUAAUCACUAGAUCAUUACCUGAAAGGUAUCUAAUAACGGUUGACGUAUAGCAUAAUAUCAAGUUUGUUUACAUGUAGCCUCCAAUGUACUAAUUUUUUGUGCAGAGCAGGCACAAUAGAAACAACAACGUGGCAGUCAACAUCAAAA